ACUAUCUGGCAAAACAUUCGCAAAUUCACAACAAGGGCGCAUGGUGUCAGUGUCCUCAUUGCCCUUCAAAGUUUCGCAGUUCAUCACACUUAAAGAUUCACAUUCGAACUCAUAGUGGCGAAAGGCCUUAUGUGUGUAAAGUCUGUGAUAAAGCGUUUCAUUCAUCAGGCAUACUAGCAGAACAUUCGAAAAUUCACAAUAAGGACCCAAAGCAUCAGUGUCCUCAUUGUUCAUCAAUGUUCGCAAGCUCGUCUAAGCUCAAGAUUCAUAUCCGCACUCACACCGGCGAAAAGCCAUACCAGUGUAAAGUCUGUGACAAAGCCUUCCAUUCAUCAGGCAUACUAGCACAACAUUCGAAAAUUCACAAUAAGGACCCAAAGCAUCAGUGUCCUCAUUGCAGUUCAAAGUUUGCCCGUUUAUUUGAGUUAGACAUUCACAUACGCACUCACACUGGCGAGAAGCCAUACCAGUGUAAAGUCUGUGACAAAGCCUUUAGGCAAUCAGGUAAUCUGGUAGUACAUUCGAAAACUCACAAUACGGACCAACAGUAUCGGUGUCCUCACUGUUCUUCAAGGUUCGUACAGUUAUCUAACCUAAAGAGACAUAUCCGCAUUCACACUGGCGAAAAGCCAUACCAGUGUAAAGUCUGUGAGAAAGCGUUCAGAUCACAAAGCGAUAUGACAGAACAUUCAAAAAUGCACAAUAAGGACCAACAGUAUCGGUGUCCUCAUUGUUCUUCAAGGUUCACAAGCUUGUCUAAGCUCAAGAUGCAUAUCCGCAUUCACACUGGUGAAAAGCCAUACCAGUGUGAAGUUUGUGGCAAAUCCUUCCGUUCAUCAUCAUUACUGGCACAACAUUCGAAAGUU